AUGGAGCAGCAACAAGAAACCUUCGAAAGCUUCCUAACAUGGACAUCACAGCUUGGAAUUUCAGACUCAACAACCACCCACCAAUCUCAUUCCUCUCUGGGCCAUUCUCUAUGCGUUUCCAUCUUUCCUAACUCUGGCGGUAGAGGUUUGGGUGCUGUGAGAGAUCUUAGGAGAGGAGAACUUAUUCUGAGAGUUCCAAAAUCUGCUUUAAUGACUACAGAUAGUGUAAUCAUGGAUGAUAAAAAGCUCUCCGUUGCUGUCAAUAGACACUCUUCUCUCUCAUCAGUUCAGAUAUUGACUGUUUGCUUGUUAUGCGAAGUCGGUAAAGGAAAGACUUCAAGGUGGCAUCCUUACCUCGUCCAUUUACCACAAAGUUACGACUUGCUAGCCAUGUUUGGUGAAUUUGAGAAACAAGCACUGCAAGUGGAUGAAGCUAUUUGGGUCACAGAAAAAGCUGUACAAAAAGCCAAAUCAGAAUGGAAAGAAGCUCAGGCUUUGAUGGAAGAUCUCAUGUUUAAGCCUCAGCUUUUAACAUUUAAGGCUUGGGUUUGGGCUGCGUCAACGAUAUCUUCUCGGACGCUGCAUAUACCAUGGGAUGAAGCUGGUUGUUUGUGUCCUAUCGGCGACUUGUUUAAUUAUGAUGCGCCUGGAGAGGACCUAUCUGGUAUUGAAGACAUAGUGGUAGACGAAGAGCAGAUGGAUUUUCAUUCUCAGAGACUAACAGACGGCGGGUUUGAUGAAGAUGCUAAUGCAUAUUGCCUAUAUGCUAGGGAAAAUUACAAGAAAGGCGAUCAGGUUCUAUUAUGCUAUGGAACAUACACAAAUUUGGAGCUUCUAGAACACUAUGGAUUUCUCUUGCAAGAAAAUUCAAAUGACAAAAUUUUCAUCCCUUUGGAACCUGCUAUGUACACUUCUACUUCAUGGUCUAAGGAUUCACUCUAUAUCCAUCAUAACGGGAAGCCUUCAUUUGCGCUACUAGCUGCAUUACGUUUGUGGGCAACCCCUCAUACUAAGAGAAGGUCCGUUGGCCAUCUUGCAUACUCUGGUUCCCAACUGUCUACUGCCAAUGAAACUAUCAUUAUGAAAUGGUUGUCGAAAACAUGUGACACCGUCUUAAAGAACUUACCAACAUCUAUUGAAGACGACACCAUACUCGCAAAUGCAUUGGAUAGUAAUCAAAACUUUUUAACAUUCAUAGAGAUUACAAAACUUAUGUCUUCCAGGGAUGAAGUAUAUAACUUCUUAGAAGCUCAUAAUAUAUCGGAUCCGCUUAGUUUUAGUGAUGUAUUUUUAUCGAAAAGAGGGAGAAGGUCAAUGGAGAGGUGGAAAUUAGCUGUCUUAUGGAGGCUCAGGUAUAAGAAAGUCCUUGUUGAUUGUAUAUCUUAUUGCAAUGGAAUAUUGGAUUCUCUCUUGAGAUAA